GCGUUCGUGGCCGUGCUUACCUGCUUCAGGUCGGUAAGUACCGUUCGUCGGGCUACCUUCGACGGCAGUCACGCCACAACCUCCGCCGCGUCAGGUGCUCAGGCGGAUUUCGAGACCAACGGGACUCUCAUCGGCUGCUCGCGAGUUCUCCGAUCGCCGGCGACCGACGCCUCGAAGAUUAUUCCCGACAACGACUGCCUCGAAGAACGGGCGAGGACUGAAGAAUUGACGGAGGAAAGAUGCUGCUGCCGAGAACGUGCAUCCUGCUGAUCCUGUUCAGCCUGGCGAGCUGCGAGAAGAACGAAGAGGACGAUGCCUCCGCGGUGUUCCUCGAGGCGGCCAAGUCCUUCUUCACGAACAAGGACAACCUGAACGCGCUGCAGGGCUUCGCCAGCGCGUUCGUGCAGCCGGGCACCGGGAAACAGAAUUCCACUGAACAGGAGAACGGCAUGCUGGGCAAAUCGAAUCUAGACGGUAUUGGGCAGAUCAUCUCGGGGAUAGGCACCCUGUUCGCGACCAACGAGAACCGCCAGGGGAUCGAUUACUCGGUGAUAGGAUCUGUUUUGGAAAGCAUGGUGAGCACCGAUACCAAGGAAGAGAAUCAUCAAAGAGCCACCAGGGAGGUCGACGACGGUAGCCAGAGAGUCAGAGAAGCCGAGAAGAAGCAGGAGUCUAGCCUGGACUUCGACAGCCUCUUGAGUUUAGGCAGCACCUUGUUCGGCCAGAGCGGCGAGAAGAACGCCGACUUCGUGAUGGGCUUGCUGCCCAUGCUGUUGCAGAACUUCGCCAGUGGCAACGACGUCGACGGCCAGCCCAAGAACCCUCACGAUCACUCCAGCCACUCGUGGUACAUGCCGCCCAUCUUGGAGAACCUGCACGUGAUAUGGGAGCACUUCAGCAACUCGGAACUGGGACAGACUCUGUGGAAGAACAGCGGACUGUCGCAGUUCGUCAGCCAGAUGUCCGACCCCGAGGGGCGCCUCCAGUACGAGAAGAUGCUGGACAGCUUCGAGAACCCGUCCCUGCGGCGCAGGUGGAUCAGAGCGUUGACGAACUACGUCGGCGAGUGGAUCUCGCACGUGUCCGACCCGCAGAUACAGCAGCGGUACCUGAGCACGGCGCAGUUCGUGGGCAACAGCUUCCUGAAGUCGCAGGGAUUCCCGAAGUCGGCCAUGUUCGACGCGAAGAGACCGGUGGACAGCUUGUCCAGGGUGGUGAACGCUGUCGCGAAGAGGCACGUGGGCAUGAAGAUCGACAGCUCGCAGUACAUUAGACCGGCAGUCGCGUACGUGCAGGAGUUAAUUACCCUGGCCUCGGAGAAGGGGUUCAUAAUGUCCCGGGUGAACGCCAGGGAGAUCAGCAACAGACUCAGCGAAAUGAUCAAUCACGAUAUUAUCGACCCCAUGCUGAAGUCUUAUCGAGCCUACAAAUGGUCGAUCAAGAGGCCGCAGUGCGCCAGCCAGAUUCUGUGCACCAUAAACGAGCAAAACGAGCAGGACAAACAGCAGUCGCCUCUGCGGAAAGGUCUGCUCGUCGCGACGAGCUAUCCGGCAGCUUGGGCUGUUAGCAACAAACUAGGAACCAGUUUCUGGCCGCUCUACGGAGCAAUCACGGAACACAGCGGAUGUAUCCAAAAAUAUCCAGCCGACUGUACAGACUUCCACGAGGAGGAGAUCCGAGUCAGCACAGCGAGCAUCCACAGUGAACUUUAAUGAUCUCGAGACGUGCGCGCCUGUGAAAGACAUUCGGUUUAAAGGAGAGAGCGUAACGCGUCGAAUCGUUUAUUAAAUGUUUAUCGUCCGCAGCGAGGUUGUAUCGUGAUAAGAACCGUUACCGAGUCGUUUCUGACGAGGGGGCUCGAUCCGCGACGAAAGUCGACGAAGCAGAGGCUGUGCGCCAGAGGCAGCUACCUUUUGCUUCCUCGCGUGUACAUAUAAAAAAGCAGGAGUCGUGGGCGCAGUCGAAUAACUAGGCGUUCAAUUCUAUGAGAACCCUUUAUUUCUCUCCGUCCCAUCCCCAACCCCCUCUCUCCCUCUCUCUCACUCUAUAUAUAUAUACAUAAAUAUAUAUAUAUAUAGAUAAUAUAUAUUUAUUUUCUCUAAAGGAAUCUAGAAAAGUCCGACGAGAGAAACGUGUAAGGCACGCCAUCAAACGCGUGUUCUUAUUUAGGGGCACGGAAGUCCGACGACUAGUGUGCGAUCGCGCACGCGCGUCUCCAUCGUGUAUCGAAUUCGUCAACGGCCAAUCUGUCAGCAAACAGCUCCUGUAAAUAUUAGAUAAAAGCCAAAUAAAACGUAAUUAUGGUUGUA